CUCGCUGGUGACGUUAGCUAAAGCUACGUUGGUGUCAUCGUCUUCUCGGUGUGGAGGCUUGACAACAAAAACCACAGUCUUAAUUUCGUGCCCAGCCACGAACAAAUAUUCUCAUUGGAGUCCCUGAAGAGAUGAACAACACCGGGAAUAAGAGAGCUCCAACGACAGCCACACAGCGACUUAAGCAGGAUUACCUCAGGAUAAAGAAAGACCCAGUGCCUUACAUCUGUGCAGAACCUCUCCCCUCCAACAUCUUAGAAUGGCACUAUGUAGUCAGAGGUCCUGAGAAAACGCCAUAUGAAGGAGGAUAUUAUCACGGAAAACUCAUAUUUCCUCGUGAAUUUCCCUUUAAACCUCCAAGUAUUUAUAUGAUAACUCCCAACGGAAGGUUCAAGUGUAACACGAGGUUAUGUUUGUCCAUCACAGACUUCCAUCCUGAUACGUGGAACCCUGCGUGGUCUGUCAGCACGAUUCUGACGGGUUUGCUCAGUUUUAUGGUGGAAAAAGGACCAACACUCGGCAGUAUUGAGACGUCUGACUACACGAAAAGACAGCUCUCUGCCCAAAGCCUGGCUUUUAACCUGAAAGACAAAGUGUUCUGCGAGCUGUUCCCUGAUGUGGUAGAAGAGAUUAAGCAGAAACAGAAGAUCCAAGAGGAGUUAAGCGCCCGCACACAGCCUCUCCCCUUACCAGAUGUGGUGCCUGAUGGAGACCCUCAGCAAGCUCAUUACGGCCUCCCGGUCCUCAACGGAGGGCCUGUCCCUGUAGGGGACGCCAACCCCGCCCCUGGCCUGCAGCAGGGAAAUCGCAACCAUGGACUCUUAGGAGGAGCUUUAGCCAACCUGUUUGUGAUUGUAGGCUUCGCUGCGUUCGCUUAUACAGUCAAAUACGUUCUGAGGAGCAUAGCUCAGGAGUGAAAGGAGGCGCCCACCUUUCUCCAAAUGACUAAACUUUACACAGUCGAUGCGUGGACGAGAGACGCUCAGUCCUGAGUUCUAAUCGCGCCACAGCAACUUCUGCCACCAUGGACCUCACCAGAAACAAACUCAAAAGCCCCUUUCCACCCCCUCCACCCCUCCCAGAAUGGCUGGACUGAGAGCAGGAACUGGGAAGUGGACGGGGUUGGAGAAGUUUUUAUUAAAACGGUUGCAAUCCACUUUGUGCUUCAGUGGUUUAAUAGAGUUCCUGGGAACAAUCUUGGCUCAUGGGUUGUGACAAAAAAAUCCAUCUUAACUCCCACCACCUUUAAAAUAAGAAGUGAUUUUGUCCUAAAUCAUAUGGCCUGUCUGGGGGGAAAAAAAGAUGAUUCACCUGAACUUAAAAGCAUCAAAAGCAUCGUCUUUAAUCGGUUGAACCGUCCGUGCUUCCAUGUUCCACAGAAAAGGAGCUGCCUCUGCCUGCCUCGCAGCUCCUUGUGGGGCUAAGGUUCCCCACAAGGCAUAAUUUAAUGAUUAAAGUUGGCUCGAAGUUUAUCGCUUUACAGAGAGCAGAUUUCAUUUUCCUUUCCAUACAUGAGAAGACGAAACUUUACACGUCACGUCAUCACAUGUCAGCUCACCUCUUUGUGGGGCGUGUGCAAAAGGAAGCCGUUUCCAACGAACCUGGCCUGUUAACUUUGAUGGGAAGUUUUAACAGCUCCUGUUAGCCUGGAACCUCGCAUGGGUUUGGAUUACCACAUUACUGUCACUUUGCUUUUUUGUUUGUUUGUUUCUGCUAAAAUUAUUUUCUUAACCAAAAGUUUAUGCUAAAAAUCCAAGAGGAAUUCUAUUGAUACAUGGAUGGCCAACCAGUUCUAUUGUGAUUGAUGACGUAUAAAAACAUGCAGAGUAUCAAAACUUUGGAGAUAAAUCUGCACAUAAACCGUUUUUUUUCCUGGAGCUGUAAGUGCUUUUACAUCCCAUUGGCUCCUUCACUGUUCAGAACUGAGACUUUAACAAGAAAACGGUGUUUUAAUAAAUGUCCAUCUCUACAUAAGCAGCACGGAUUUGGUUUGAUAUGUCAUCAAAUGCCAGUAAGAGUUUCCUAUUCAACCCAUGAGCCACAAGUGGAAGGUACACAUUGGAGACUUUCUUUUCUUUUGUUUUUUUAAAUCGGUUUAGCUGACCAGUAUAGCGCCAGUCUAUCCAGGUCCAAAUAAGGAACCAACAUUUUUAUUUCUGUUAAAUCAAAUUUUUCUUUCCUCCCUCCCCUCCCCCCCUUUUUUUGUUGUCUUAUUUAUAGAAACUGCCAGCUGAUUGUGUUUUGCAAAACACGCAGUAGAAACACGGGCAAAGACCCUGGCUCUCGUUAUUUGCUGAUGAUUAACUCCUGAAUUUAGAGUAAAUGGUUCUACUGCGUAUCUGAUGCUUCAGUGGAAAACGGAUGAUUCUCUCUUUCUCUGCACCUUCACAAACAAAGAGCGGGGAGGCUGAUGAUGGGAGUGCAUUUGUGUAGUGAUACAGCAAAUGGCCAAAUUUCCAUGCUUCAGUUAACCUUGUGUGACCUUGUAUGUUUUCAUAGUAAAUGCAAAUAAAUACCCUGCUUGUUGGGGCAUUUAACCAAUCUCCAUUUGAAUCUGCUUUUGUCACAAACUAUGUCUGUGUUUAGCAAAUAGUUGCAGGUUAGAAAACAAAUGCAAAGGUCUCUGCUUUCUUUUUCUACAAAUAAAAAUAUUUGAUAAGCCCAUAAA